AUGGGAGUUACAUUCGAAGAAAAUGAAGACAAUGAAAUUGCAGAAGCAGGAGACCUUGAGGUGCCAAAGCCUCGCCCUCGAAUGAACAGACGCCAAUCCCGACGUGCAUCAAUCAUGGCUCCUCGCAAUCUCGAGCUCGAGGCUCAACAAAAGGCAGCCUUCAAGGAAAAGAAAUGGCCAUACAACAUGUUCAAAGGUUUUGAGACUGACAGGGCGAAAUGGAUCACCCUCAUGGGAUGUACCUCCAGUGCUAUCGUCCUCGGUGUUCGGUUAUAUCUGGAUACUUAUCCCUUGGCCUACGUCAUACAUAGCAUCAUUGUGUUCUUUGAUAUGAUUCUCAUUCACAUGUUCACGAAAUCGUCAUGGCUAUCCAUAACAGGGGAAGUCAUCACUUAUAUCCACGUAAUUUUGUUCACCCUGACGAAGGAGUCUGUCUGGGAAUUGCUAGAAACUGUCUUGUUGGCUGUCCUGUCAAGCAUCUACAUGAUCAACGACCGCAAAAAGGUCAUGCAAGAACGUGACCAGAAAGAUAUGGAUUUGGACUCACUUCGGGAACGUGGGGCGUUGCUCCUCCGCAACAUUCACCAAAUUCAUGAAGCCAUUGAGGACCAUCAUGAAGCGACUGGGAAACCAAUGCGCGAGUCAAUCGUUGUGCAGAUGCGAAAUGAAAGGAACGCUUUGGCGGCACUCCAAAAGGGGACCCUGAAGGAACCCAGCGGUGAUUUGAAGAAAGAAAAGAGCACUGAUAUCGAAUCGACGCAAGGGACAGAAACUGACUCGGACAUUGUCGAAGAUUCCGAGUUGACACGACAACUGCUACAACCUGGCGAAAAUACCUGUUCGGUAAAACAGUUCAAGUCUCGCAUCAACACUUUUUUCAAACCUUUCUCUGAGAAAAUUGCCUGCACGGAGGAGAAAUGCGAGAAAACCAAUGAGUUUCGUGAAACAUUUUUCGAAUAUUUCCUUGAUGGAGCAGCUGGUGUCAUGUACACUAGUUUUUUGGGGCUCGUCAUUGAUGCUUUCAUGAAUUACGGAAACAGUCCAUACUAA